AUGAGUAAUUCACUUGAGGAGCGCCUUCGUGCUAAUUCAAGCGCCUUCGAUGGUUUAUUGGCUUUAAUUCCUGCAAAAUACUAUUAUGAUGAAAAAAGUCAAGAGCAAUGGAAGGCCAAGAAGAAAACCAAAGAACAGAGUAAAAAUGAUAAACUGAAAAAAUUAGACCCGGAGCAACGUGAUGAUGAAACAUCUAGUACAUUAGAAGUAAUGAAGAAGAAGGAGAAAGACGCAAAGCCGGUGGUCCUACCUGGUGAAAAAUUCAAGCACAUGAAAAUGCAAAAGCAAAAGGAAGCAACAUCAAAAGUGGAAGGAGACUCCGACCUGAACGUAGAAGUAAACGAUCCUAUGAUAAUAGCACCAGACGAAGAUGAAGAAGAGGAAGAGGAUAUUAAGGUGAUCUUUGAUGAUGAGGGAAAUGAAAUACCAUUAGAAUCUAAAAAAGAUACUACAGAGCCCGAUAGAUCUGUCGAAAAGAAGUCUAUUACAGAGGAAGAGAAACUACAAAGAAAGAAAAACUUGGAAGCACUACGUUCCAAGUUACAAGCGAAAAUUUCAGAUAUGAAGAGUAAAAGGAAAGCACCCGGUUCUAGAGAGGCUAUUCUUGCUCAAAGGAAACGCAAGGAAGAGUUGAAAAAAAGAAAGCGUCUAGAAAGUGAACAGGAACAGGAUCAGGAUGAAAUUGCGUCUGAUUCCGAUAUGGAAGACAUCGAUAGUGAUUUAGAAAACAAUUCGAAAAAAAGAUUCAAAAAAGGCAAGAAGGACUCAGAAAUUAACGCAGAUGGUGUAAUGUUUCAAAAUAUCAUAUUCGAUGAUGGUGCAAGGGCCACUUCAGAUUUACAAAGGUUAAGAAAAGCUGGUAGAACGAAGGGUCCGGCUAAGAAUGAUGUAAAAUCACACUUAAAGUUAUUAGAAGCCAAGAAGAAUAAGAUGGAGGCGAAAGACGAACUAGAACAAAUCAAGCAGAAGGAAAAGGAAAAAUGGCAAAAGGCUAUGUUACAAGCAGAAGGAAUUAAGAUUAGGGAUGACGAAAAACUACUUCGCAAAGCUAUAAAGAGAAAGGAAGCACAAAAGAGAAAGUCUGCGAUUGAAUGGAGCGAACGUAAGAGGGUUGUGGAAGACACGAUAUCUGAAAGACAAAAGAGAAGAGAAGAGAAUCUGAGGAUUAGGAAAGACAACAAGGGUAAAAAGAGAAAUAAGCAAGAAAAGAUGAAAAGAAAGUAUGUCGGUAGUGCCGUACCAAAGAAAAGAGCCGGAUUUGAGGGUAGAUUAAAAACAGGUAAAAAGAAGGGAGGACCUAAAUAA